UCUCUUUGGCUGGAAAGGGCGCCAGUGCGUGUGCUUGUGUGUGGGAGUGUGAGGUGAGAGCUGAGCACCGAUAGCUGAGAGUGGGAGAGAGACAGGAACGAGACGGACUGUAGCUAGGUCAGUGGCAGUGGGCGGCCUAGCAGCGGCAGCUGUGGCAGCUACGCCAACGCCAGCCAACAUCAACUUGUAACAGCAUGUCCUGCACCGUCUCCGAGUUGCCUAGUGGCUGUCGUCUGCGCGGCAUGACUGCAUCCAACAAUGGAAACGGCAAUGGCAAUGGCAAUGGUAACGGAAAUGGUAACGGUAAUGGGAAUAGUGAUAGUGUUGGCAACGCGGGCAGCGCUUUAAGCUCAACCGUAGCUGGAAUGGGUAUGGGUGGAAAUGUCAGCGGCGGCGUCGGCGGGGGGACGGCAAACACAAGCAUAACGCUGCCGGGCAGCGGAAGCGCCACAUCGAAUGUGCUGCAGGAGUCAAAUGCGCCGCUGCAACGGCCGCAGUCACAGAAGCCGUGUUGCUUUUGCUGGUGUUGUUGUUGUUCCUGCUCCUGGGCUAAGUGUCUUGCCAUCAAGAAUGCAGAUGAAAAUGCGCCCACCAAACGUGAUCUCGCUAACGCCGAAUUCCUAGAUGGCGAUCAACCCACAUUAGAAGAAAUACGUAGUUGGGGUAAAAGCUUUGACAAACUAAUGAAAAGUUCGAAUGGUCGCAAGGUUUUUCGUGACUUUCUGCGCAGCGAAUUCAGUGAGGAGAACAUAUUGUUUUGGCUGGCCUGCGAGGAUCUGAAGAAGGAGAACAGCGCCGCUCUUGUCGAGGAGAAGGCGCGCCUGAUAUACGAGGAUUAUAUAUCGAUACUGUCGCCGCGCGAAGUGUCCCUCGAUUCGCGGGUGCGCGAAAUUGUUAAUCGCAAUAUGAUCGAGCCGACGACCCACACAUUCGACGAAGCUCAAAUACAAAUCUAUACGUUGAUGCACAGAGACUCAUAUCCCAGAUUCCUAAACUCGCAAAAGUUCAAGACACUCGCUCAAAUGCAAGACAAUUCGAAUGCCGGCUCCAAGGCGGAUAGUCCCACUUAGAUGUUAUGUUUAUACAAAUUGUGCUAUGUUGAUUUUGUGGUUGUUGUCCCCCCUUCCCCCUUCCCCUGCCCCUCCCCUUCCAUCUUCACCUUUUAACUAUAGUAUUCUCUUUGGUUAUCCUUAAGCGAAUUCAAUUGGAACUAUUACCGCUUCGGUCGCCAUUCGCUCCGCUUCUGGACUUGAAACAAAGCAAUAUGUCAUACAACCAAAAAAAAAAAAAAAAACCCAAAUAGAUCAAAUUCCAUUUGGCGUGUGCAGUACCAAAGAUAAUAAGUUUAUAGAAAAAAAACACAGUACGACGAUGGCGACGGACUCGGUGGCAGUUGGCCAAGGAUACGCUCAAGGAUCCGACCAUUUAAGGCAACACAAAACAACUUAGACGAUAUAAUGCAUUAUGUGAAACCGAUUCCUUCUUUACAAUGUUCUAGUCGUUAACAAACCAAAACAAAAAAAAAAAAGAAAAAAGAAAAUCCAAAACAAAAACUAGGCAAUUUAUAAAAUUAGUUGUUAACAAAAGUGAAAACCUCCAUGCCAUGAAUUGGAUUUAAGUACAGCAGGCAUUUCUUUUUAGGGAGUUUAACAUUUGAACUUUAAGCAACUUUAAGUUUAUAUUGUAAAAUAUAUAUACACAUAUAUAUAAAUUAAAUGCUGAUCCCCCUCUACAAACUAGAUGCGAAACAAUUUGCAUACAAAUUGUAAUAAUUGUUAAACUAAGACGUAUUAAUCAAACUGAAAUGAAACAACAACUUUAACGCAAAUACUUUUUCCACAAGCCUAAAAACAAAAGAACAAACAAAAAAACCCAAAAAAAUGCAACAUUUUUAAACGUAUUACUUACAUUUAUAUACUUGUAUGUAACUUAAUUAGUUUUGAAAACGUUUUAGAUCAUACAAAAUACAAUACAUAUAUGAAUAGCGACAUCGAAGCAUUCU